AUGCCCCAAGGCUCCCUCAAAAAAGCCCCCACCCCCUCCGCGGGCAAGAAACAGCCGGCCAAGAUAGGAAAAGGCGCGCGCGUCUACAAGGCCAAGAAGGGCUCGUCGGCCGACAAGCUGCAGAAGAAGUACUCGGCCGGCCUCGUGGCGCGCACCGAGAAGCUGCUGGGCGAGCGCGCGGGCCACUUGGAACUGAUUGGGAAGGGGAAGAAGGCGCGGAAUGAGAAGGGAAAAGAUGGGGAGAAGAAGGUCACGGGGGGGAGUCGGAAGUUUGGAUGA